GUUACGCUGUCGACAUACCAGAAUUGUAUGCGUGUGAUCUCAUGUGCGCGUAAGCGUUGCAGUGGUCGCUUGGAAAGCCCCUUGAUUUAAAAAGCGCGAGACCACAUGCAGGUGAAGUUACAGAGCUACCGACCGGUGAGAGCACACUUGGUACCGAGAAAGGAGUUUCGCUUAGUUAAAGAUUCUGGAAUGAAUACGACUAUUUGCUUGUUUCUACUUGUAAACUUGAUCUUUUUCUGCGAUGGACUCGACCCUUGCUGCGCAGACCCUUGCCAGAACAGAGGCGUGUGUAUAUCCAAAGGGUCAGACGCAUACGAGUGCGACUGUACCAGAACGGGGUUUUACGGCGAGAACUGCACUACACCGGAACUUUUCACGUGGAUUACAUCCAUCCUGAAACCAAGUCCGAACACUGUGCAUUACAUUUUGACACAGUACAAAUGGAUCUGGGACAUCAUAAACAACAUUUCAUUUCUGAGGGACGCUAUAAUGCGCUAUGUCUUGACAUCCAGGUCAAAUUUGGUUGACAGCCCACCAAUUUACAAUGCUGAUUAUGGAUACAAAAGUUGGGAGGCAUACGCCAACCUAUCCUAUUACACCCGCACCUUGCCCCCAUUAUCCAAGCACUGCCUAAUGGGCACAAGGACUCUUCCUGAUGCCAAGCUGGUAGUAGAGAAGGUCCUAUUGCGACAACGUUUCAUCCCAGAUCCACAGGGCUCUAGCCUGAUGUUCGCCUUCUUUGCCCAACACUUCACGCACCAGUUCUUCAAAUCAGACCUGAAGAAAGGGCCAGCCUUCACAAAAGCUUUGGGUCAUGGAGUGGAUUUGAGUCAUGUUUAUGGAGACACCCUGGAGAGACAGCAUAAACUGAGGCUAUUUAAAGAUGGAAAGCUAAAAUAUCAGGUUGUGGACGGUGAGGUGUACCCCCCUCUGGUUAAAGAGGUCCAGGCAGAGAUGCACUACCCACCUCAUGUGCCUGAGGAACACCGGUUUGCUGUAGGCCAUGAGGCAUUUGGCCUUGUCCCUGGUCUGAUGAUGUAUGCUACCAUCUGGCUGAGAGAACACAACCGCGUCUGUGACGUCCUGAAGCAGGAACAUCCAGACUGGGAUGAUGAGCGCCUCUUCCAGACGACUCGACUCAUUCUGAUUGGGGAGACCAUCAAAAUCGUGAUUGAGGACUAUGUGCAGCACCUGAGUGGCUACCAUUUCAAGCUGAAGUUUGACCCACAGAUCCUAUUCAGCGAGAAGUUCCAGUAUCAGAACCGCAUUGCUUCCGAGUUUAACACACUGUACCACUGGCACCCGCUGUUGCCUGAUGCCUUUCAGGUUCAGUAUAAGAUGUACACAUAUCCCCAGUUCUUCUUCAACAAUUCCAUAGUGAUGGAGCAUGGUAUCAGCAACCUUGUGGAGUCCUUCACAAAGCAAAGAGCUGGCAGGAUAUCUGGUGGAAAGAACCUGCCUCCUGCAGUGCAGGGAAUGGCUACUAAAGUUCUGGAGCAAAGCAGAGAGAUGCGGUACCAGUCCUUCAAUGCCUAUAGAAAGCGUUUCAAUUUGAGGCCCUACAGAUCAUUUGAAGAUAUGACAGGAGAUAAGGAACUGGCGGCAGAACUAGAAAGACUGUAUGGAGAUGUGGACUCUGUGGAGCUUUAUACUGGUUUGCUGGUGGAAGAGCCCCGGUCCAGUGCCGUGUUUGGGGAGACCAUGGUGGAAAUGGGAGCCCCAUAUUCCCUCAAAGGCUUGUUGGGGAAUCCCAUCUGCUCCCCUCAGUACUGGAUGCCCAGUACCUUUGGUGGCAAUGUGGGAUUUGAGAUUGUCAACAGUGCCUCCUUGAAGAAGCUGGUUUGCAUGAAUGUUAAAGGGCCCUGCCCUAUGGUGUCUUUCAAAGUACCUGAUGUGAAGGUUCACAGUUUAAGAAAUGUUAACUUGAGUUCAUCCUCUUCUAUACAUAGUGAUGUCAGUCCAACUGUUUUACUAAAGGAAAGGAGUUCAGAGCUUUAAACAUAACAAUCUGAACCACUGAAAGAUUUGCAUUUUUCCUGCUAUUGCUGUUAUUAAUUUUAAAUUAAUUUAAAGUUUGAUAUAUUAUUUGAUUAUUUAUUUCUUUAUUUAUUUAUUUAUUUAUUGCAAAAAAUAUUAAUUCUGAAUAUUUUUCAGUUUUUGUUCUUUUUUUUCCUCCUGCAUUGUGCAGCUGGGUAGUAAGACUGUAAGACAUCUAUACAGCAACAUUUCUAGUAUAGAAUUAACACCUAUAGUGAUAUUGUAUAUAUUUAUUUGUGUCUGGCUAAAGGUGAAUAAACAUUGUAGGUGCUAAUUCAAAAGUGGGCAUUUUGCUUUGUAGACACAUUUUAAAACCCUGUGUGAUUGUCUUUCAGUGACACUCGAUUUUCAAUUAAAUAAUUUACUCAAUAAA